GUCUAGCAGCGGGGCCCAGCAUGGUCAUGGCGGAUGGCCCGAGGCACUUGCAGCGCGGGCCGGUCCGGGUGGGGUUCUACGACAUCGAGGGCACGCUGGGCAAGGGCAACUUCGCGGUCGUGAAGCUGGGGCGGCACCGGAUCACCAAAACGGAGGUGGCGAUAAAAAUAAUAGAUAAAUCUCAGCUGGAUGCAGUGAACCUUGAGAAAAUCUACCGAGAGGUACAAAUAAUGAAAAUGUUAGACCACCCUCACAUAAUCAAACUUUAUCAGGUAAUGGAGACCAAGAGUAUGUUGUACCUUGUGACAGAAUAUGCCAAAAAUGGGGAAAUUUUUGACUACCUUGCUAACCAUGGCCGGUUAAAUGAGUCUGAAGCUAGGAGAAAAUUCUGGCAAAUCCUUUCUGCUGUUGAUUAUUGUCAUGGUAGGAAAGUUGUGCAUCGUGACCUCAAGGCUGAAAAUCUUCUACUGGAUAACAACAUGAAUAUCAAAAUAGCAGAUUUCGGUUUUGGAAAUUUCUUUAAAAGUGGUGAACUGCUGGCAACAUGGUGUGGCAGCCCCCCUUAUGCAGCCCCAGAAGUCUUUGAAGGGCAGCAGUAUGAAGGACCACAGCUGGAUAUUUGGAGCAUGGGAGUUGUCCUUUACGUUCUUGUAUGUGGAGCACUACCUUUUGAUGGACCAACUCUUCCAAUUUUGAGGCAGAGGGUUUUGGAAGGAAGAUUUCGAAUUCCAUAUUUCAUGUCAGAAGAUUGUGAGCAUCUCAUUCGAAGGAUGUUGGUCCUAGACCCAUCUAAACGACUAACCAUAGCUCAAAUCAAGGAGCAUAAGUGGAUGCUCAUAGAAGUUCCUGUACAGAGACCUGUUCUCUAUACACAAGAGCAAGAAAAUGAGCCAUCCAUUGGGGAAUUUAAUGAGCAGGUUCUGCGAUUGAUGCACAGCCUUGGAAUAGAUCAGCAGAAGACCAUUGAGUCUUUGCAAAACAAGAGCUAUAACCACUUUGCUGCCAUUUAUUUCUUGUUGGUGGAGCGCCUGAAAUCACAUAGGAGCAGUUUUCCUGUGGAGCAGAGACUUGAUGGCCGCCAGCGUAGGCCUAGCACCAUUGCUGAACAAACAGUUGCCAAGGCACAAACUGUGGGACUCCCGGUGACCAUGCAUUCACCAAACAUGAGAAUGAUGCGAUCUACCCUCCUCCCACAGGCACCUAAUGUGGAGGCCUUUUCAUUUCCAGCAUCCGGCUGUCACGCAGAAGCCGCAUUUAUGGAAGAAGAGUGUGUGGACACUCCAAAGGUGAAUGGCUGUCUGCUUGACCCUGUGCCUCCUGUCCUGGUGAGGAAGGGAUGCCAGUCACUGCCCAGUAACAUGAUGGAGACCUCCAUUGAUGAAGGGCUAGAGACAGAAGGAGAAGCUGAAGAAGACCCCAGUCAUGCCUUUGAGGUGUUUCAGUCCACGCGCAGUGGGCAGAGACGGCAUACUCUAUCAGAAGUGACCAACCAACUGGUCGUGGUGCCAGAAGCAGGGAAAGUUUUCUCCAUGAGUGACAACCCCUCCCUCGACAGUGUGGACUCUGAGUAUGAUAUGGGGUCUGCUCAGAGGGAACUGAACUUCCUGGAAGACAACCCUUCCCUUAAGGAUAUUAUGUUAGCCAAUCAGCCCUCCCCCCGCAUGACAUCACCCUUCAUAAGCCUAAGACCUACCAACCCAACCAUGCAGGCUCUGAGCUCCCAGAAACGAGAAGUCCACAAUAGGUCACCAGUGAGCUUCAGAGAAGGCCGCAGGGCAUCAGAUACCUCCCUCACCCAAGGAAUUGUAGCAUUUAGACAACAUCUUCAGAACCUUGCUAGAACCAAAGGAAUUCUGGAGUUGAACAAAGUGCAGUUGCUGUACGAACAAAUUGGAUCAGAAGCCGACCCUGCCUUGACAUCAGCUUCCCCUCAGCUCCAAGACCUCACUAGCAGUUGCCCUCAGGAAGAAGUUCCUCAGCCACAGGAAAGUGUCUCCACUCUCUCUAGCAGCGUGCAUCCUCAACUUUCCCAAAGGCAAAGCCUGGAAACUCAGUAUCUACAGCAUAGGCUUCAGAAACCUAGCCUUCUAUCAAAGGCCCAGAACACCUGUCAGCUUUAUUGUAAAGAGCCUCCACGGAGCCUGGAACAGCAGCUACAGGAACACAGGCUCCAGCAGAAGCGACUCUUCCUCCAGAAGCAGUCCCAGCUGCAGGCAUAUUUCAAUCAGAUGCAGAUAGCUGAGAGCUCCUAUCCUCCACCGAGUCAGCAGCUACCCCUACCCCACCAGGAGACUCCACCUUCAUCUCAGCAGUCCCCACCUUUCAGCCUGACCCAGCCCCUGAGCCCCGUCCUGGAGCCUUCUUCUGAACAAAUGCAAUACAGCUCUUUCCUCAACCAAUACGAGGAGAUGCAGCUGCAGCCCCUGCCCUCCACACCCAGUCCCCGGGCACCUCCGCUGCCCACGCAGCUGCAGCAGCAGCCACCACCCCCACCACCUCCUCCACCACAACAGCCAGGAGCUGCUCCUGCCCCCUUACAGUUCUCCUAUCAGACUUGUGAGCUGCCAAGUGCCACUUCCUCUGCACCAGACUAUCCUGCUCCCUGUCAGUAUCCCGUGGAUGGAGCCCAGCAGAGCAAUCUCACAGGCCCGGAUUGCCCCAGGAGCUCAGGACUGCAGGAGACCCCCUCCAGCUAUGACCCGCUACCCCUCUCUGAGUUACCAGGACUCUUUGAUUGUGAAAUGCUAGACGCUGUGGAUCCACAACACAAUGGAGUGGCUUGUCCUAUCAGCAGAUGAAUGCGUUAAGCACAAAGCGUCUUCCUUAAAGCACAAAGAAGAGAGCUACUACACUGAUGCUGCAUCUAGAAACACCUCUCAGUUGCCUUUCCUCUUUGUAGUCAGCACCGAGCAGGCGAGGGAAGCAGGGAUGUCUGAGAGCCAUCCUGGCCCAGCCCCUGUCAGUGCUGGGGACUCGAGCAGUGCUAGUGGCUGGCCAGAGUCUGCCUCAGCAUUGGGCUCCCCUCCGAGGUUACCAGGUUCUUCACAGAGUCACUCUGCUUGGAGUUGGGCUCUGGGUGUCAGUAGGACAGGGUAGCCGGGGAGGGGGUUAUCAUUUUGGUGAUUUAAUAAGUAAAAAUCCAGGAAAAAUGACUUAAAUUCCUUUUAUGGGCUGUUUGUUCCUCCUCAUGCUUAAGAGUGAUGAUUUUUUUUUCAUCAUUUAAGAGAUCAUUUCAUUAAGAUUUCUAAUCUUAAGUCUCCACAAAAGAAGCCAGUUAUAAAACAAUAUUUGAUUCGUUCAGACUGAAGGAGGAUAUUUUCCCAAAAUAUACUACAGAAGCACUGUAAUAUUGAUGAAGUUAAAAUAUCUUUGAGAUUGAAAAAGGGGGCCACUCAUUUCAGGACUGGAGGACUGGCACAGUGACAGAUUGGCAUAAACUCCUGCCCCCCAGUGGGGCCAUGAGCACUUAGCCCAGGAGACCUAGCUGGGAGCUAUGGCAGGACAGUUAGGUGCCAGAUGAGGGAUGAUGGAGAGGCUGGUGGAACGUAGAAGGACCCAUGAGAAGUUGGGAAGAAUCAAGCAGCAGCCUGCCUGUCAGGCACCAACAAGCAGUGGUGUGGAUGGUCACCCGAUGAAGAGUACGACCCUUCCAGCUGGAACCUCUAUUGUAAGCUCCUGUUUGCUUCUCUCACUUAUCUCAAACAGAAACCAUAAAUUCCAUAGCAAUGUAUAUUUCCUGAAAUGUAAGCUGGUGAGCAGAGACUGAUUCUGUUGAUCAGUGAGGUGUUUGCUGUCUGACUGCCUGUUACUCUAUUCACUAACUAGUGACCCUUGGAGACUUCUGAGCAGUUUUCACUUCACAAAUACAAAAGUAACACUACGAAGGUUAGGACCACUCUUUUGAUGAGAGGCUUCUUUAAAAUACUGACUUAUUCACAUCAGCAGUGUGUACACUACUGUAUAAUAAUCAUUAGCUUUAUUAUCUUGUCAACCAGGCUCCUCAGAAGAGACUUUGGUGAGAUGAACGUGAGAUAAAAAUUUCAUUUGGCUAAAAGUGCAAUAUAUGUGGUACUUUUUUUAAUUUUUUGAUUUUUUUUUUUUUAAUCCAGGGGUAUCUCUUUGCUUGGGGAAAAUGCACUAAUUCUGCAAUUUCCAGUUUGGCAAAUGUGUCUCCUGUAUUUACAUGCAACUGAAAUGCUGGUCCCUGUAAGGCAAAUAAAGCACUUAGCACAGCAUUCAUUCCCAAGAGUGCCCCAAUCCACUUUUGCCCUGACUAGGCUUGCACUGCCCUCUUCCUACCUUGGGAACAGGGAAGUGGAUGGUUCCCCACACCAACAACUCUCCAGAUUCCACUGAAUGGGAGACGACAUGCCUUAACCAGGAGGAUUAGAGCUAGGACUGAAGGACUGUUAAGAGAACAAAACUCCUUCUUUGGUUCAGACUUUGCCUCCUGGAAGUCUUUCUUCCUCAGAAAUUAAGACUUCCCCAGUGUUUAAACUGUGCCCUGGUGUCAGGGGUGUGGAAAUGAAGUCGGCUCUCAUGACCUGAGCCAUGGGCAAAGCGGGGAUACUGUGCAGUAUCACCUCUGCCCUGCCCCAGCCCCUCAGAUAACAAGGUAAACUCUCCCAUCUCCUGUCAUGCACUGGGGGUGUCACUAUACCUAAGUCAGGAACACUCAUAAGGACCUCUGCCCUGUUGUUAGACCUGGGGGAAAGGGCAUUUGAGUCUAAGCUGGAGAGUGAUUGGGUGGAAGGUGGUGGGAAAUAGCAGCUUCCGGUAACAGGUGGUCAGAGUCCCAGGCGUGUCGGUGUCGGAACAGCCUCUGCUUACAUGCACACAGGAACUGGGGACAUAGUGCCUCCUUUGCCAGGUCCUCCAGUAUCUAGGCAAGCCCCCGUUUCCCAAUAAAUUGGAAUCGGUUUUUCUGCUUUGGAUUACAUUUACAAACCUAUGUCAACAGUUACACUUAAUUUCCACAUUGGGUUAAAGAAAAUCCAUACUCCAGGUUAACUUUUUCACAUUCCUCCUCUUUUAGAGACCCUUUCUAGUAUCACUUGACAGCACUGGUCCCUGUAAACAGUUGGGGAAUUUCUGGCUGGCACUGACCUUGGCUGCAUUUGUGCCCCUAUGCUGGGCUGGCUCUACUCUCUCCUUAGAAGCCACCCAAGCCUCUCGGUCUCUUUGUGCCUAGACAUCAAAGGUAAAAACUGGAGAACAGGUAGUAAGUUAAAAGUAGUUAUUUAGGCAUGGGUCUUUGAUCAUUUUGUUGUUUCUGGGAACUUUUUCAGGACUCUUCAGAGUAAUUUGUGAAAGACAGGGGAAGUGUCAUCUGUCUAUGCUUCUAAACUGGACAAAAACCAUUUUUUUACAUUUAUAUGUCCCUUUCCACAGGUACUGUCUGUGGCCCAAGCAAGUGACUGGUAACACAGAGCUUUGUUGGCCCUUGGAGAUGGCAAAACCUGACUAAGGCAGUGCCUGUUAAGUCCUGUUUCAGCCCUAGAGCCUGAUUUCCCAGUACCCCCUCACAUACUUGUUUUACAAUUUUUUUCACCAAUUAAAGUAGUCUUGCCAGCUCUAGAAGACACCAUCUCCGUCCACAUCUUAUCGGGCAGAUUUCAACACGUUUGGCCCAUGUAGACAUCUGCUAUUGCACAGAUUGAGACAGUCAGCAGCACUGCCCAAGAGACUCAACCAGUAAUAGUUUUGAUGGUUUCCUGCCCAAUUACUAUUCAGCUUGCCUGUCUAAAAGGAGAAGUAGCUUCCAUUUUUAUGUUAACUUACGAAGCACUUUCAUAAGUAAUCUCUUUAUAAUCCUCACAAUUCUGUGAAGGUAGGGAGAGGCACUGGCCUUGUUUUUCACAGCUGAUGAAACCAAAGUUCUUGGGUUGUAUAUGUGACGUAUCUGAGGUCACAGAGCUCACAGGCCAAACACUUGGGUUGAUUGGCCUCUCAGGCUGUGAGAAGUCUCUUUCCUCAAUAGCACCCGAUUCUUUUCAUAAGCAAACAGCUAUGUAAAGCCUCCAUUGUGGUCAAGCACUGGGUAAGUUUAACACUGUCUCCACAGCAACUGUCUCCACAGCUGCACUCUCCUCUUGACAGCUGUCUGGCUUUCAGGAAGAGGCCCUUCAGGUGACAAGGGCAGCCUUCCAGGUAGCCUGCAUUGGACAAGGCUGAGGGAGACACUAACUCUAGACUGGCCAUCCUCUCAGUGCUCAGUAAACCACAAAAGUUUAGGCUCAUAUCAGAGAUGCCCAUUGUUUCCCAAAUGAUACCGUUAUUUCCUUGGGAAGUAUAUGAUAGAAAGGCGGGUAUGAACAGUCCAGCAUCAGCCACCAAUGCAGGUCAACAGAUUCAAGCCCAAGGAAGGGGCUGCUCAAAGAAGAAUCAGGAACUCAGCCUUGAUCCAGAGGAGGAUAUAACAUUUCCCUACAAUUAAGUCCCAUCAAGGAGUGCUUGCUAGAUAUGUUUAGGAUUGAAGAAAAAGUAGUUAACAUGCUUUUAUUGAAUACUUUGUCUUUUCAGAGUAAAAAUGGGUACGCAGAAGGGUUGAAGGGGGAUAAAAAUAGAAGUACAAAAUAUCCUGGGAAAUAUGACCCCAGAUGGAAUAAUGUUACAUUAGCAAACAGAUAACUAGGACUUGCUGCUGGCAGUGUGAUGCCUUAUCUGUUCAGGAUUUGCUCAAAGAAAUUCAAGUUGUAAGACCUUCCCAUUACUGAUGGUAAAUCUGCCUUCCCCAAAAUCUCUAGAGGGGAGAGCAGCAGAGAAAAGAUUCACUUGUUUGGGAGCUGCAAUUUAAGAAAUAAAAAGCGACAGAUGUUUGCACUUUGUAGAAAGGGCAAGAUUAUUUGCUUAUUUCUGAAGGGAGAAGAGUGGUCUCGCUGGAUGUUUGGUCUGUGAUAAGAUUAAUCGUAGUUACUUUUGUGUGCUUUUUAAAUUACUAAGAAAAAUUGGUGAGUUCAAUAGUUUUGUUAUUUUGAAUACAAAUCAUAAUGGCUCUAAUGUGAAAAAAAAAUCAGUGUAACUUGUCAAUGUUAGAAAAUUGCCUAAAAUGCAAUUUAAUAAAUGAUCUUUAUACCAAACAGUAAUUUUAAUCGGGUAAUUUU